AUGGGUCCGUACAAUCAAUAUACACAACAAACGACAACAUACAAUUCGUCAUCCCGACAACAAGGAGGCAGCAGCAACGGGAACGGAGGUAGUUACACACAAAACGGCAAUGGUGCUGGUGCCACUCAUAAAAGUCAUGGAAAAAGUUCUGGAUCGACAUCAAGUUCAAGUUCAUCAAGUUCGGAUGAUUUUAAAACUUAUCAACCCGGUUCAACUACUCAAAAAAAUGGUGCAGCAGUAGCUGGAGGAGUAACAGUAUCGACAGGCGCUGCAGGAGCUGGAGCCAAUGUAGGUGGUUAUUAUGAACAACAACAACAGCAACAAUAUAGUGCAGGUGGUGGUGUAGCUGGUGGUGCAGCUGGUGGUGCAGCUGGUGGUGCAGCUGGUGGUGCAGCUUAUGGAGCUUAUAGUGGUUAUGGUGAAUCGCAUUAUGGUAGCGAAGGUGGUUAUGAUAAUUCAGGUGACAUGUAUCUUCGUCGUCGCCAAGGACGUAUACGUCGUCAAGCAAUUCGAUUACCAGACCAACCAGGUGCUGUGCGACAAGUUCGACACCGAAUGCCAACACCAGAACCUGAUAUUCUUGAACGUGUUUACAUUCGUCGUCAACCAGGCGAAAUUGUUGAAGAAAUCAUUGAAGAACCAAUGACACCACCUCCUCGUGUUCAAGAACGUACCGUUGUUGAACCAUCUGGGCCACCACAAGUCGUUCGCAAAGUAAUUCGUGUACCACCUCGUGGACAAGGCUAUCAACAUCAACAACAAGACACACUUAAUCAAUAUGGAAGUUCAAGUGGUGCCAAUGCUCCAGCUGCUGGCAGCGGUGCUUAUGGAGCUGGUUAUGGACAAGCUGCACAAGGAUAUAGUGGUGGUGGUAGUUAUUAUAAUUCAAGUAGCGCUAUUGGUACUCAACAAGCACAGUCACAAGGCGGUGGUGCUCAAUUUGGUUAUCAACCAGUCGCGCCACCAGCUGGUGUUCCACCAACUGCAUUCUGUUUUGAAACCACUGGUGGUUUUCCACAACAAGCAGCUGCUGCAAGCUUCGGUGCUGGAUUCGGCGGUGCUCAAGGCUUUGGUGGAGGAUAUGGUGCUGCUCCUAGUUUCGGUGCCGGAUAUGGUGCUGCUCCAAGCUUCGGUGGAGGAUAUGGUGCUGCUCCUAGUUUCGGUGCAAGUUUUGGUGGUGCUCAAAGUUUUGGUGCAGCUCCAAGUUUCGGUGCUCAAAGCUUCGGUGGAGGAUUCGGUGCUGCUCCAAGUUUUGGUGGAGGAUUCGGUGGUGCUCAAAGCUUCGGUGGAGGAUUUGGUGGCGCUCAAAGCUUCGGUGCAGGACAAUUAAGCAGCAUUGCAAGCUAUGGAGCUGGUGCCAGCUUCGGUGCUCAACCUUUUGGUGGUGCAGGUUUAGCAGGCUACGGUGCAAGCCCAUUUGCUGGCGGUAGCUUCUCUGGUGGAUUCGGAGGCGGUUUAGGUUCGUACGGUGCUCCUGUUGGUGGUUUCGGACAAGCUGCUUUACCGUAUAGUGGAGCAGGUGGUGCAAGCUUCGGUGGUGCCAGCUUCGGUGGCUUAUCUCCAUUUGGAGGUGGAGCUUCUUUUGGUGGUGGCUCAUUUGCUGGUGGUGCUUCAUUCGGUGGUGCAAAUCCUUGUGCACCUCCACCAAUGCAAAUGCCAUGCAUGCCUCCACCAAUGCCACAGAUGCAACAACCAUAUGCAACAACCAACUAUGCCAAAGCCAAAGCCACAAAUGCCACAAAAUCCAAGCAGGAAACNCCACAAAUGCCGCAAAUGCCAUGCAUGCCCCCACCAAUGCAAAUGCCAUGCAUGCCCCCACCAAUGCAAAUGCCGUGCAUGCCCCCACCAAUGCCAUGUAUGCCUCCUCCGCAACAGCAAAUUCAACAAGUUCACGUUCCAGUACCUGUACCACAACCACAACCAUGCCCUGUUCCAGUUCCCGUACCAGUACCCCAACCAUGUCCCGUACCGUAUCCAGUGCGCGAAUGUAUACCUGUACCACAACUAUGCCCAGUUCCAGUUCCUGUUCCAGUUCAAUCAAAUCAAGUUCAACAAGUACCUGUACCUGUUCCUUGCCCGUGUCCAGUACCAGUUCCUGUACCUGUCGAACGUAUUAUCUGUCAACCUAUUUGUAUUCCUGUUCCUCAGCCAUGUCCAGUACCAUGCCCUGUUCCUGUUCCUCAACCAUGUCCAGUACCAGUUCACAUUCAAGGGCCUCCUCAAUGUAUUCCGGUACCUGUGCCUCAACCAUGCCCUGUACCAGUUCCACAACCAUGUCCAGUACCAGUUCCAGUUCAAGGUCCUCCUCAAUGUAUUCCUGUGCCUGUGCCUGUACCUGUACCACAACAAAUGCCACAAAUGCAACAACCAUGCAUGCCAAUGCCUAUGCCACAGAUGCAACAACCAUGCAUGCCAAUGCCAAUGCCACAGAUGCAACAACCAUGUAUGCCAAUGCCAAUGCCACAAAUGCAACAGCCAUGUAUGCCUGCACCGAAUCCCUGUGCUUCGUUCGGCGGCGGAUUGGCUGCUUAUGGUUCUCCAUUCGGUGGUGGUGCCAGUGGAAUGUUCGGAGGAGGUCUUGGCUCGUAUGGUGGUGGAUUCGGCGGUAGUGGAGGAUUCGGUGGUAGUGGUGGAUUCGGUGGCCUAGGAGGCUUUGGUGGCCUAGGAGGAGCAGGUGGAUAUGCUCCAAUCUGUGGUGUACCUAUUGGUUUUGGUGUCACAACAACAGUAGGUGGCUUGAAUCCAUAUACUGACGAUUACCUCUUAGGCAAUGGAGGAUAUGGACCUGGAUUUGGUUCUGGUACGGGUGGCUUUGGACGACCUGGGGCAGGUGGUCUUGGAGGUGUUUUCAAUCGGAUGACGGGUGGUGAUCCCUAUGGUCGAAGAUUCUAA